CAAAUGUGACGAAACAACUUCUUGCAGAUUUUGCACGGGAACAAUUUAAUCAUCCGCCCUACAGUCCAGAUUUGGCACCCAGUGAUUUUCAUCUUUUUUUACACAUGAAAUCAUUUAUGGGUGGCCAGAACUUCAACGAAGAUGAUGAGGUGAAAAAGGCUGUUAGCGCAUGGUUACAAUCACAGGCGUCAUAUUUCUAUGAUGAAAGGAUACAAAAAUUAGUACCUCGAUAUGAUAAGUGCUUAAACAAUGGUGGCAACUAUGUUGAAAAAUAA